CACAUUUGGUAUAUUAUAGUUAGACUAAAAACAAUUAACUUUUGCCAAUUAUUGAAAACACUGAAAUUCUUAACCUUUGGCAGUCGAAAGCCGGUAUGUUCCUGGCAAAACAUUCUUAUCGUUGAGUUGCUAGAAAAGACAAUUCGAUACUGCAUGUUUUAGUCUUUAUUUAAAGUGAAGUGACUUUUUGGCGAUAAGAUUAUAUUACAUUAUAUUAUAUUUCUUUUGAUUGUUCACCACAAAUCUAUUCUGUCAGUAUUCACAUAGAAAGCUCUUCGACUGCUAAGAAUUAACACAAUAUAUACAUACGUUAAAGAAACAAACAAACAUGAGCUUGCAGUGGACUUUAAUUGCUGCAUUUUUAUAUCUUGAAAUUGCAGUAGUUUUAUUAUUAAUACUACCAAUUAUUUCACCUAAAUCAUGGCAAAAACUUUUUAAAUCUAGAUUUUUAAAAAGUUUAAGUAAUCAAGCAUCGAUGUAUUUUUUAAUUUUACUUGGAAUAUUAGUCUUAUUUUUAUUGGAUGCUAUUAGAGAAAUGCGAAAAUAUUCUACUUCUCUUGAUGAGCAUAAAGACCAUCAUUUAGAUACUGAAAUGCAAGGUAAUAUGAGAUUAUUCAGAGCAGAACGAAACUUUUAUCUAUCUGGUUUCUCAUUGUUCUUAAGUCUUGUUAUACAUCGCCUUGUGAUUUUAAUUUCUACUCAAGCCACUCUGUUAGCACAAAAUGAAGCAGCUCUGCGGCAAGCUGAAUCUGCUACUACAACAGCAAAACAUUUGCUGUCACAAAAACCAAUUGGGAAAACUGACUCAAAUGCAGCUCACGAUGAAGAAAUAUCAGAGUGGAAAAAUCAAAUUAAAGAAUUGCAAACCAAAAAUCAAGAAUUGGAAAAUCAACUUACAAAAGAAAAAAAAGAUAAAGAAGCUAUAAAAUCACAAGCAGAAUCUCUUACAAAGGAGUAUGAUCGUUUAAAUGAUGAACAUAGCAAAUGUCUGCAAUCAAGUGGUGAUAAGAAAAGUGAUUAAAUGAUACUUUAUAUUCAAAAGUAUAUUUUGUUACAAAAAUUAUUUUUUAUUUAUUUUUUAGUUGCAUUUUUAACGUUUUAUAAACGUUUCAAUAUUUUAAUACAUUGUUGACCAGCAAAUUUUAUAUGAAAAAACGAGUUGUGAUGUGUCAGCAAUGUGUUAAUAUAUUUAUUAAUGAUAUAACAAAACAUAAUGAAACAUGAAAUUA